AUGGACUCACCCACGCAACCCAUUCUCGCGGGCUUCAUGGCUCUCCGUGACAGCUCAAGCCGGCGAGCAGUGUUCAACGACAUCCUUGAUAAGCUAAGUCCUCAUGAAAUACGAGAAGUGAAAAGCCGAUUAGAACCGAUCACAUUCCAAUGUGAUUUGCUAGAUAAACUGCCUAUUGAACUGGUGGCUAUGCUAGCAAAGUACUUGGACCUAGUUGAUCUUGUUCUCCUUCGGAGAGUCUCCAAACGAUGGCGUGAAUUGCUUUCUUCAACCAUCGUCCUCACCACUGCAAUCGGAUAUCAUAUGGGGAAAAGCGUUAUUAAGCCCGAUUAUCGCACCCCUGCUGAUUUUGAUACGCUGAUUAAAAAAAGAAUUCAAGCGGAACGAGGAGUCCCUGCUGUUGUGGCUACAAUCCCUAAUAACUUGUCCCCCGAUUUUGAGGGCGGGUUGAACAGAGAUGGGAUAAGCUGUUUUAAUGGAGUAUGCGCAUGGAUUGAAGAAUCUAGAGAUCGAACUACUAUCUUCAUGGUGCACCUACCAUCCGGCCAAAACAGAAUCCUCACAACAGCAAAUCGAGAGGAAUUUACUCAUGUUCAGGUCUCCGACACCUUGGUAUCAGCAAUUUCUGUUUGGGGGUAUUGUCAUGUCUGGAACAUUCCCAAAGAACAGUACAAGUCCUUUCGCAUUCCUUCAUUACAGUUUGUCCAUUGCAUAUCCAUCGGAUCCAAGAUCAUGCUGAGCUACGCGGAUUCCGUCGUCCACUUCUGCUUUGACUCUGGCAUCGCCCGUUCCGUCAAAAUUGGGCCGUUCAUUCUUUUGUUGUCAGUACAUGCAGAGGAAGAUGGAUUCUCCGUCAUUUGUGCCCGCAGAAAAAAUGGCGACAAUAUUCAACCAUGGGAAGAUGGUUACUUGCAUUGGGAAGAGCAUCACUUGCAGACCCAGAAAUUCUCUGUCCAUGGUACUAGAUUUGUCUGCAUCUGGGAGCAAUAUCGAGAGCUUCCUUUCAGGCAUGAUGAAUAUUGGGGGUUCCAGUGCAAACAAGAAAAAGCCACACGCCCAUACAGAGUGUGCCCCGGUCAAAGCUCUACUUUGCUGGAAUAUUGUAUGGAUGGGGCCCCUAUCAGUCGUUAUCGUACGGAUGAUCCUUAUCCGCGAUACGACUUUGAAUAUGGUUCAUUUUCUCUUUCACUCGAGGCAGAUGAUCUGAUUACUGUGUAUUUCAACCCCACGGAGCUGGACUUCAGGUAUCCUCACGCCAAUCUAGACUAUUCUGCCCGGGGCCCGGGGUUGAUUUAUUGUUUUGAGGACCACCCAUUCUCAACAAAAAUGAAAUUGCGCAUUGGCCGUGAAUCUCCAGAGGUCUCGCAUGGCCCCGGCACUAAAGCGUGUCGAUUUGAAUCCUUACGCACAGUACGUUUUCCAGAUAACCGCCCAUGCACUUCGGUUUUGGGGGAUGGAGACUUCGUUCUCUUCCCUUCAGGUGACAAAAUCUGGAUCUGGUGUUUUGAUGAGGCAUGGCUCCCAUCUGGUAUCCCUAGCAUGAGGAUUGCAACUUGGUGA